GCGCGGGGGGGGCGGCGGCCGCCAUGAGGCGCGCAGCGGCGUUGCCGCUGAGGCGGUGUCACGGAUCGAGCGCGAGGGAACCCCUCACGUACACACCGCCCCUCGGCCGCGAGAAGGCGAAUGGGCUGAGGUGAAAAAUGGUAAAUAACGGCCGCUGAGGCGCCAGGCGGCGGCUGAGGGGCGGAGCGCGGCCCCUCAGAGCUGUGUGGGGGUCCCGGCGGUUGGCGCGCCUCUGCCUCUCGUUCUGAAAUACUAGGUUUUAAAUCGCCGCUGCCUCGGUUUUUUUCCCCCCUUUCCUCCUGAAUGAGGAAAAUGAGCACUGUCCCCUGUAGAGCCGCGUUACGCUCCGCUGGUGCCGACAGCUUUUUCCAUGAGCCGCGCUCAGGACAGCUGCACAGACCUGCGCACGGCACAGCCUGCCUCUGGAGAUGCUCCUCGCCCCGCUCUCACUUCGCCCACGUGUGUUCCACAGCCACACGGAGGAAACUAUUACAAUCAAGGAGAGAUUCGUAAGAAAGAACUGGAACAAAGUUGUUGUCUGCUGGGGGUUCCUGCAUCCAGUGUAACAGUUGUUGAUCACAGGGAUCUUCCGGACAAUCCUUCCAUUCAAUGGGACACACAGCUCCUUGCCUCCUUUGUACUGAAGCAUAUAGAAGCCAACAACAUCAACCUGGUGGUAACUUUUGAUGCGGGAGGAGUGAGUGGUCAUGCUAACCACAUCUCUCUUUACACUGCUUUAAGGUACCUGCAUUCAGAGAGGAAGUUACCUGAAGGGUGCCGUGUGCUUGUCCUUGAGUCAGUAAAUCUCCUGCGGAAGUACAUCUCCAUCCUGGAUGUGUUCCUUUCCUGCCUUCUGCCCAGAGAUGCCCUCUUCAUACUCACAGAGGAGGAGACUGAGCAAGCCAGGAGAGCCAUGCAGUGUCAUUGCAGCCAGCUCCUCUGGUUUCGCCGCAUCUAUAUGCUUUUCUCACGUUAUGUGGUGAUCAAUUCACUCCACCUUUUAGAAAAGACAACGCUUACAACUCCGGGAGUAAAAGAAUGAGACAAAAAAAGACUGCCAGGACAACCACUAAAGAAAUCCCAACUGUUAGACACUCAAGAGGACAGGAUUCUCUCUGUGUAGUGUUCUUUCAGACUACAAAAAGCAGGUUGUAUAUAAACUUUCUCCUGAAUCUUGUUGCCUGAUACAUUAAGAUGAAGUGGGUUUAACAGCUGCUCUAUUUUUUCACUGUAGAAGCUUAAAUAAGAUAUGAAAAUUGAAUUAGCCUAAUUAGGAGUCAAAAGAAGGAGUACUCUGUGUUAAAGAAGAUAUGGCACCAACUAUUUUUCCUCUGGAAGACACAGUUAUGAAGACAGCUUUGGAACUCUAUCUCUGGGUACUUUUGUGAAAUCCAAAUAUGAGGAGUGACUUUUAUAAGACCGUUCUAUCUUCACAGAUAAAACCAGAACCACAGGACCUGUCUUACUCAGAACUCUAAAAAGCCGAAGCUUAUGAAUAAAGCAUCAGAAAGUA